UGUGGGGUACUGGCGGAAGCGGUUCGCUGGCGCCGGGCGGAAGUGGGGCGGUGGCGGCAGCGGACCCGGGGCCAUGGAGGAGCCCGGCCCCGGUCCGGCCGCGCAGAGCCCGGCGGAGCGCAGCGCCCCGGGAGCGGAAGGGGAGCCCCUCCGUGGUCCCUACACGGCCUUCAUGAAGUCACACCGCUGCUACGACCUCAUCCCCACCAGCUCCAAACUCGUCGUCUUCGACACCUCCCUGCAGGUGAAGAAGGCUUUCUUUGCACUGGUCACCAAUGGUGUGCGGGCAGCUCCGCUGUGGGACAGCAAAAAGCAGAGCUUUGUGGGCAUGCUGACCAUCACCGACUUCAUCAACAUCCUGCACCGCUACUACAAGUCACCCAUGGUAGGGGGGUGGUGCUGGGGGGGGGGGGGGGGCUGCCCCAUAACCCUGUGGGUUGGGAGGGUGAGGGGGGGGCCCCGUUGGAUGAACCUGGGGGUUCCUCGUGGUGCUCAGGUGCAGAUCUACGAGCUGGAGGAGCACAAAAUUGAGACGUGGAGAGAGGUGUACCUGCAGGAUUCCUUCAAGCCGCUGGUCUGCAUCUCCCCCAAUGCCAGCCUCUUUGACGCCGUCUCCUCCCUGAUCCGGAACAAAAUCCACCGCCUCCCCGUCAUCGACCCCGACUCGGGCAACACUCUCUACAUCCUCACCCACAAACGCAUCCUCAAGUUCCUCAAACUCUUUAUUGCAGAGGUCCCGAAGCCCGACUUUAUGGCCCGCACUCUGGAGGAGCUGCAGAUCGGUACCUACAGCAACAUCGCCGUGGUGAGCGCCAGCACCCCCAUCUACGUGGCUCUGGGCAUCUUUGUGCAGCACCGCGUUUCUGCUCUGCCUGUGGUCGAUGAUUCAGGGCGGGUGGUGGACAUCUACUCCAAGUUCGAUGUGAUUAAUUUGGCUGCCGAGAAGACCUACAACAACCUGGACGUGACGGUGACGCGGGCGCUGCAGCACCGCUCCCAUUACUUCGAGGGCGUCCUCAAGUGCUACAAACACGAGACGUUGGAAGCCAUCAUCAACCGCCUGGUGGAGGCCGAGGUGCACCGUUUGGUGGUGGUGGAUGAGAGCGACGUGGUGAAAGGCAUCGUCUCCCUCUCCGACAUCCUCCAAGCCCUGGUUCUCCCCGAGGGCUCUGAGCCCUGAGCGGUGCUGUGGGGGGGGGGCUCAGCCCAGCCCGGUGCCCCCCGCCCUCCCCUCCUCCCCCAGGGGGGUCGCACACACCAGCAGCAGCAGCAAUAAACCGGCUGUGGGGUGGGGGCGGCUUCUACCUCCCCCCCCCCCCCCCACCGGGUGCUUGGGCAGCCCCCAACCCCUCAGUGUGCUCCUAUGGGGCGACUGAUCCUGGCUGGGGGGGGGGCUGGGGGGGGCCGCAUGGGCUGGGGGCGUCCCGGCCCCACAUAGCUUUAUUUUUCCCCCACUCUGCUCCCCCCUCACUGCCACCGCUUUGUGUGCGGAGAGAAAUGGCAAAUAAACACAGACCUGGCACCAA